CUGGAUAUGUGUCAGCUGUGUUAGUGUUUUUCCUCUGACCGAGCUCCUACAUCCAUAAGUCAAAAAACUUUACAGUAAAAAGGUCGCAGUGACUUAAGUGGCUCGCUUGGCCAUUCAUUUGAUCUUCGUCCACGUACUGUAGUGUAUAUAAAAUCAUGUUUCUGCAUACAGGAGGUGUGAGAUAUGUAUGCUAAUGUGAAACCUAUGCCCUCCCUGAACAUAGCGAUUUUCGAGUCAACAUGAAGGGGAAGUGAUUUUUCUGAAGAGUUUUGUUUGUGGGCUAUAGCUGUAUUUGCAAAACGCAGCCAUUUGUAUGCCCGAGCAGAACUUUGAAUGAGAUUUUAGUGAGUGAAAACUUGUGUGCGUUUGAACGUUUCUUGCCAUGAAAAAAAUGGAAAACAUACUGUCUGCUCUUGAGUACAGCUCAAUUUAUCAGCUGUAGCUGCCAUUUAAAAUUCGAUUUGAUCAGUCAGUUUGACUUGGUAGUGUAUGUGGCUAAAGCACAGAUUUUACCCCUGAGUUGAGAGAGAACCUUGUUUUUUUUCACCUAAUAAGUAACUGGAUCUGUAGUAUAAUCAGAAACUGAAAGGGUGAUACCAGGUGCCGUGUGUAGGGAUGGACACCGCAAUAGUUCAUUGUUUCUGAAACUUUUACCUUGAACAGUGUCAUGGAGGGAGUGAUAAAAGCUUGCAUGAGAUUGGUAUCUUCUGAAAUGCAGCUGUUGUACAGAUAUUCUCCAGUAUUUCUGCACUUAGGUGCACAAAAGUGUUAAGUGUUUAUUUUCACUGGUUCUCUCCAGUAACAUCUGAGCAGUGUCUAGGUUAUGGAACUCUCUGUAACAAACGUUUCCCUGUUUCUCUUUGGUUUUGCUUCCCUAGUUUUUGUUUUGGUUUUUUUUAAGGUGAUUGCUUUGGCUGUUAUAAGUUGCUGAUGACAGAUCAGUAGAACAUGGACUGUUAAAAUGUGGUGUGCUGACACAUUUCUCAGAUAAUAUAGAAGGGGGUUUGGCGUUCUUUUGUUACACACUUGAUGUUCAUGAGAAGUCUGAUCUCUUAGGAGUAUGUUGUAUAGUUGUUUAAGAUAAGAUUUGUUUCACUGAAUUGUGACUGUCUAAAAUCUGGGUAUUUAGUCUAAAGCUGUGAUUUUGUGAACAUCUGAGCUCUGUGCUGUGCCAGCUCUCUGCUCCUGAAAGGAGAAAGGCUUGCUCCUCCUCCUGUCUGUUUACUUGGCUCUUUGUUCCUUUCCCCUAGCCUGUACCAGCUGCCCACUUGCACUGAUGAUGUCUCUUGCUGGAUUUUUCCAUGAGCUCGUGUGACUCACUGACCUCACAGAAAAACUAUUGAGUGUCUUCUGCUUGUUUGAAUGUGUUGGCUUCUUGAGUUAAAACAGUCCAUGAAGGGGUCUGAUGAAUGACAAACACAGGAAUGGGAAUACAGAAAUGAGGAAUGGAACCCUCCCAUUCCUGGUGACAGAGAGCUUUUGUGUUGGAUUACACUUUUGCAUUGGUUCAUUAUCUGGUCUUACUGUGGACUCUUGAGCAGGGAGGAGAAGGGGGUGGUGUUUGAAGAGUUGUUUUCACGAGGCUGUGCUUUCCUUGAGUUUUUCACUCUUUCAGGCAAACAGUUCAUUGUUUCAGAAGAUCUUGGUUAAUUCAAUUAGAAAAAAACGAGCAAAUAAAGAGGUCUGGAGUUGUGGCAGAAGCAAGCAGAGGAAUUAGACCAUGAAUUGUGUGAAGCAGCUCUUUGAUUUCCAAAGAUUUUACCAAGAAUUUUACUGCAUGAGCAAAACCUGGGACAAGGCUAAAUACUGCCAGGUGUUUCAUAGUUAGUUGCAAAAUUAUAUUCAUUGUAUCAUCUAGCUGUUUAAAACCGUGUUCAAACAUGAUAAAUUUAAGUGUUUUGAGUAUGGCUGUGGUAUGGAAAAGAGAACCAUGUGUGAGUUAUGUAUGGCACUCAAUGGAAUUACCAGUACAUGGUGCAGUCAUGUCAUUUGGUUAUGCCAGGUGAACAAGAAGGAAGCCUUGCUGUUGUAAACAAAAUGCCAUAAAAAUCCAUAUAAAGAAAAAAAUCAUAUUGAUAUAUCGUAUUUUUCUCCAAAUGCAAGUAUUCUCACUUUUAAGAGCUUGUAGCAAAGAAAAGGCUAAAAUAAUAUCACUGAAAUAAUUUUUCAAAAAAAAAGCCCUUUCAUGAUGGGCAGCUAUAAAGAGGAGAGAUGGAUAGUGGGUAAUUCAGCAGUGUUCCUUUCUUUAGGAGGAGAAAUAAUUGGAGAAGAAAGGCAAAACAAAGGUGAUUCUUGGAAAUGUAAUUGAUUUACUCCACUUAGCUAUUCUACACCAACAAAACUCAGGGAUGAAAAAGAGAUUGUAUUGAUUAGAAGGGUCUUGAGAACUUACGUCAUUAAUGUUUGAUAUUGGUUGUGCGUUUAGGACAGUCACAGAGGAAAAUGUUCUUUCUUCUGAUUCUCUCAGCAAAUUUGGGUAAAGCAGAAUACACACUUGCUGUUGCUUUUCCUACAGUAAUGUUGUAAGUGGUAGAUUUUUCUCUGACCUUUUCUCAUUUUAGCAAUAGAGGAAGAAAAAAUGGGAAGAAAGUCUUACAUUUACAUUUUCUUGACAUUAUUGUGUCUUAGUGGAAUGGGUGUUUUUUUCCUAUAUGGAAGACAGGCUUUCAUCUUGCUUAUAGUUCAGGGGUUUAUAAAAUCAAAUUAUAAGUGUUUAAGAUACGACCAUGAAAGGGUGCAGUGGUAGAAAGUAUACAUGCAACUGUGCAUGGCAAGAAGGUGAGGUAUUUGUAGUGAUGGUAGAGAUUUGUCAUUGUUUCUGUUUGAGUUUUACUUUGUACAAAGGUGCACUUUGCACACUGCAGACAUGGACUUCUUAGGCAUCAGUCCAGCUAUGCAAAAAGUUAAAAUUGCAGAGUAGUUGUUUUCAAAGCUUUGUAACUUUCUAAAAGUCAGCUACAGUCCUCCUUCCCCCAGAUCCUGUAGAAGUGUCAGUAGUGAUCAGAUUAAUACCUAUUGCUUCAGAUAUCAAAAAUCACUAAGGAGGCAUAUUGGAAUACUUCCUUAUUUCUCAGGAACUCUUGAUUUACAGCUUCCCUCACACCAAUCUGAUAUUAUCACAUUUUGCAAAAGUCUUUCUGGAAAGGUCACAAUAAACCAUGAGAUAAGCUUUGAAAAUAAGGAAAUGAUGUAUUUCUGGACUGAACUGUGGGCAGCUGUCUUCCAGGCUGUCUCUGAUACCUUAACUCUUUUCCAGAGAGGGCUUGAUAGCAAUUCAAUAGAGAAUUAUCUGCUUUUCUUCCAGCUGAAAUACUUGUGUAUAUUGAUUAAUACAGCCUGUUAGGAUAGUGUAACAGACUUUGACUUUAAUAAGUAGUAAGAAAAGCUGUGUGUCUGCUGUCUGUGACCUCUGCUUGAACUCUGAUUAAAAAGGCAUAAUUAGGAUAUCAUAGUUGGAGUCUCAGUGUAUAGCAUAAGUAAAAAUAAUGUAAUCUUUCAGAAAAUAGUGCUUGUUGUUAUUUUGUAUUGACUCAAGUGACCUUCAUGUUUAAGUGUACUCUGCUCCUGGAAGGGCUAUUACUUCUCAGGGCAAGGCUGCAUUAACAGAGAAGAGUUACAGUUUCAGUAAAUGUUUAUAACCUGUGUUACAGCAAAAUCGGGAUUCUUCUGUACUUAAAGCAAAAGCAGUGUGUGAAACUUUUGAACUGUGAAUGUACUUGAAUGCUAAUUACAUGUCCUUGUAUUUGUUCAGGUGUCUUGAUCUUCUGAGAUGUCAGUGGAAGGAGUGGCUGGUCUUGUAGAUUAGUUACACAUCAAUCUUGUCUUCUCCAUACUCAUCGUGAACAGUCAUAAUAAAAUGGAUGGUUUGGGCAGCCUUCUUCCUCCUGUGGGUGAAAGUGGUGAUGCAGCUAAUUCACAAGAAAUACUGAAACUUUUGAUGGAUGAAAAAAUGCGAAGUGAAAACCAUAAAGCAAAUUAUCAAACUCUAAGGGCAGAACAUCUGAGAUUACAAGAGGAUUAUACCAAAACACAAGAUGAACUGAAACGGUCAUUAGUUGAAAAACAGACUGUACAUGACAAAUUUCAGCAGCUUCUUGCUGACUUUCAGGAGCAGUUGCUGGCUAAAACACAAGAGCUGGAACAAGUGAAGCUGCAGGUGCUAACUCCUCAAAAAUUAGAACUGUUAAAAUCAAAAAUUUAUGAGGAAUUGGAGUCUCCUAUGAGAGAGCGUUAUCAGAAGCUCGAAAAUGAAGUAGAAAAAUACAGAACACUAUAUAACAAACUUCGUUAUGACCAUACAUUCCUGAAAUCAGAAUUUGAGCAUCAAAAGGAAGAACAUGCACAUAUUUUAGAAGAGAAGAAAAUAAAAUAUGAGGCUGAGAUUGCAAGACUGGAUAAAGAUAAGGAAGAACUCCAUAAUCAGCUGCUUAGCAUUGAUCCUACAAGGGAUAGUAAACGUGUGGAAGCACUUUCUAGAGAAAAGGCGCAACUGUGUCAGAAAUUAAAAGCUUUAGAAGCAGAAGUAGAAGAACUAAGAGCAGAAAGACACAACUGUGUUGUGCAAGCAGAAAAUGUUCAAAGAGUACAAGCACGACAGUUAGCUGAGAUGCAGACCAUGAUGAGAUCUCUAGAGGCAGAAAAGAAGUCUGCUGAACUACAGGUUGGUCGAAUUGAGAAGGAACUGCAGACAAGUCAUGAGCAAAACAUUCUCUUAACUAGCAAACUUCACAAAUCUGAACGAGAAGUCAAUUCCUUAGGUGCUCAAGUAAAGGAACUUAAACAUUCACAUAAGUUGGAAGUAACAAAUGUCAAACUGGAGGCAGCAAGAGCAAAGAGUGAAAUAGAAAGAGAGAGAAACAAGAUUCAAAGUGAAAUGGAUGGAUUGCUGUCCGACAAGGAAAUUCUUACUGCAGCUGUUGAACGUCAUAAAGUGCUUUUAGUAGAAAAAGAUCGGGAGCUAAUUCGUAAAGUGCAAGCUGCCAAAGAGGAAGUUUUUGACAAUAUUGCAGCCUUACAAAAUGAAAAGUUAGAACUCGAGAACAGACUAGCUGAUCUAGAGAAGAUGAAAUUGGAACAAGAUUCUUGGAGACAAUCUGAAAAGGAUCAGUAUGAAGAGAAACUACGUGCUGUGCAGAUGGCAGAAGAAUCUAGCAAAAAGGAGCUGCAGCGUUUGCGAUUAAAAAUUCAACAGCAAGCUAUGCAGACAGAAGAGCUGGAAGAAAAGAAACGUGAAAAUGCUAAUCUGAAACAGCAAAUAGAUGAUAUCCAACUCCAGCUUGCCUCACUUUCUCAAUCAGAAAAUGAUUUGCUGGAAUCUAAUCAGAAAUUGAAGGAAAUAAUAGAGAGAUUGAAACAAGAAUGUCAACAUGCAAGGGCUCAGGCAGAGAAAGCUCAACUGGAAACAGAGAAGACUUCAGAAUACCAACGUAUGGAAUGGCUGCAGGAGAAGCAUAUGCUUACUCAGCACCUCACAGAGUAUGAAGAGAAAUACAAGCAAAUGAAGAACAAGCUAUGUCGAGCUGCUGUUGCUCAGAAAAAGAGAAAGACUCUCAAUGACAAUAAACAAAGGAGGAUGCGUGAGAAAAUAGAACUUUUGGAAGCCAAGAUGGAAGAACUAGAAAAAGAAAAUCAAGUGUUAAAUAGACAGAAUGUUUCCUCUGAAGAAUAUGCUCGCCUCCAGAAGAGGCUAAAGGACUUGCAGCGUCGGCAUAAUGAAUUCCGGAGUAUAAUUCUGAAUCCUGACAUUCCGUCACUCAAUCCAGUCAGCAUAGCGCCAUCGUCUGCCUUGCCUCCUGGGCCUGCAGCGUCCUUCUCCUUUCUUCAGGUGGUGAUAUAUUACAAGUUGUGAAAAUAAUGCAGCAAAAGAGGGAGGAGCAGCAUCAAAGAGAGCUUGCCCUGCUUGGCAAGCGGUUGGAAGAACUAGAAACCAGACAAAGAAAACAGCUGGAAGAUCUUGGACCAUCUAGAGAGCGGGUAAUGGUGGGGAACGGGGACUUGGCAAGAAAAAAGAUCACUGGAGAAGAUGAAGCACAAAGUGAGGACUCUAAAUAAAAUCUGCACACUCUUGAUGCUGUUAGCUUUCAAUAACUUAUCCUUUGUACAUGCUUUUCAUAUUUUGCCAAAAACAUGGUUGUAUGUGCCUGAAUAGCAUAAAAUAUAUUCUGCAUAGUUA